UGCCUUCAGCCAAAUCACACUCUAUCAAAGGCUUCAGUAGCAAACAGUUGACAAGAGCAACCGCAACAACUUCAAGAUGAAAUUCUUUGCAACUGUCGUACUCGCUUUGGCGCUCUUUGGUGCACUCAUCGAAGCAUAUCCUCAAUCGCUGGGCGGCUCGCUAAGCAGCAAUCCCAACGGUGGAGCCGAUGCGCGUCUGGAAUUGGCGAAGGGCAUUGGCACACCGGAUCACAAUUUGAUUGGUAAAGUCUUUGCUGCGGGCAACACAAAUGGUGGACCAGUGGCUACUGGUGGCGCCUUGGCCUAUAAUAAUCAUGGUCUGGGUGCCGCCAUCUCGAAGACGCACAUACCCGGUGUACGCGACACAUUCACCCAGAGUGUGAAUGCAAAUCUAUACAAUAACGGUGUACACAGCUUGGAUGCGAAUGCCUUCAAGUCGCAGAACACACUCGCCAAUGGUUUCAAAUUCGAUCGCAAUGGUGCCGGUUUGGAAUACUCGCACAUCAAUGGCCAUGGCGCCAGUCUGACACACAGCAAUAUUCCCAAUUUCGGCAGACAGUUGGAGUUGGGCGCCAAAGCAAAUUUGUGGUCCUCUCCGGAUCGUAAUACGCGCUUAGAUUUGACUGGCAGUGGCUCAAAAUGGAUGAGUGGACCGUUGAGUGGACAGAAGGAUUUCAGCGCUGGCUUGGGUCUGACGCACAUGUUUGGUUGAAGGAUAAUGCAGAGCGAUGAGUUGUUGGGAGAAAUAGUUUUACGCACUUGAAAUUGUUAUUUAAAAAAAUAUUAGUUUUAUUUAGAGUUAAAACUUUGUGAUUGUAUAAAAUUAAUUUAUUCUGGAAUAAAACAAAAAUUAAAUAUA